GAAAUACGCCCGCGUAGCCACGUGGGGCGAAUCACACAUGACUGGCACAGCUAGUAGCUAACAAAAUAAAAUAAGAACCUUAGUUAGCUUUCUAGCUAAUCUACCAUGGAGGACCUACCUGCAGAUAUCAAAGCUUUCCUUCUGAAUCACCCAUUUUUUGAACUUACCGACGACGGCAAAAAGAUCAAAUGCGUACUCAAUGGACAUGAUUGUCCUUGCAACCUCACAGAGCUCCAGAACUUCACCAAAGGGAAGAAAUAUCAGAAAAUGUGUUCUAAUGCAGAGUUCAAAUAUAGUCAAUAUGAACCACAUGUUGUGCCCAGCUCGAAGCAACCCAAUCAUCUCUUCUGCAAGUUGACGCUCAGACACAUCAAUCGCCUGCCACACCAUGUCUUACAGCAUGUCAAUGGGAAGCGGUUCCAAAAAGCAAAGAAGAAAUAUGAAGAGUGUGUGCAACAGGGUGUGGAGUACAUGCCAGCCAGCCUCCGACAGAAGAAGCCCAGAGAUAGAGAGAAAGAUGGGGAGAGGGGGCGCAACUUCCAGCGGGGGAAUGGAGCGUGGGCUCCUGACUCCAGCGAUGAGGGAGGCAGUGACUCCGAGGACAGCAUGAGUGACCUGUACCCCUCCACUUUAUUCUCUCUGAAAAAGGAGACCGAGGGUAUGGAGGAGGAAAAAGAUGCCUUUAAAACAGAUGAUGAGGAGGAGAUGGAGAUUGAUAAACAGGCGCCACAGAAACGCAAGAAGGUUCAGGAUGGGGGUUUCCAGAAGAAAUUCAAGAAUCAUAACUGUAAAAGAAAAGGUUUUAAAGACUAUGUUAAAAAUAUAAAAUAAAGGUGAAUGCUGUACCCAUGUUAAAAAUGGGAAAUAAAGGUGAAUGCUGUGCUUCUCGCACUUUGA